GUUGCGUGCUUGUUGUAAGAGUAGAAGAGGGCGCCGCAAAAUUGUACAUUUCACACCGGACUGUCGCUGCUGUCGAGGCGGACUCUGAGGCGCUGAAAGCUCGCCGCCAUUCGAACACACAACGCCUGUCACGUUAAGUAACCGGGGAACGACGUCGACAUUGGCUUGGACGGGAGCUCGCCCAGGUGACAACUGUCAAUUGCUAAUUGUAACCCCCGGGCCGCAUUAGCCGGGAGAGCGGGGAGUCCUCUUGUGGAGCAAGAAGGAUUGGAUUGGUGUCUUGGUGCCGGGUCGUCCGGGGAGAGAACUCAUGAAUGGAAAGCGGAACAACAGGAGAUGCUAGAGCACAAGCGCUUUUUUCGUUGCCACGGCGACCGGGCUAUGGCACCAUCGGGAAGCCCAUCAAGCUUCUCGCCAACUGUUUCCAGGUCGAUAUCCCCAAGAUCGACGUCUACCUCUAUGAGGUGGAUAUCAACCCUGACAAAUGUCCUCGCCGGGUCAACAGGGAGGUGGUGAACACCAUGGUUCAGCACUUCAAAGUCACCAUCUUUGGCGACCAACUUCCAGUUUACGACGGGAAGAGGAGCCUCUACACCGCUAAACCACUUCCUGUCGCUGCUUCUGGGGUUGAUUUGGAUGUAACCCUGCCUGGGGAAGGCGGGAAGGACCGUCCUUUUAAAGUCAACAUAAGGUUUGUAUCGAUGGUCAGCUGGCAUCUGCUGCACGAGGUCCUGAUGGGGCGUGCCGUAUCCGAACCGGUGGACCUGGACAAACCAGUCAACGUCAACCCGGUGCACGCCGUUGAUGUUGUGCUGCGACACCUGCCCUCCAUGAAGUACACACCUGUUGGUAGAUCCUUCUUCUCUUCCCCUGAGGGCUACGACCACCCACUCGGCGGAGGAAGAGAGGUUUGGUUUGGCUUCCAUCAAUCCGUACGACCGGCCAUGUGGAAGAUGAUGCUCAACAUCGACGUGUCAGCCACAGCUUUUUAUAAAUCCCAGCCAGUCCUCCAGUUCAUGUGCGAGGUCCUGGACAUUCACAACAUUGACGAGCAGCCUCGCCCACUCACCGAUUCCCACAGGGUCAAAUUCACCAAGGAGAUCAAAGGUGGUGAUGGUUUCCACCACAGUUUUCAGUCAAUGUUUGAAUGUUCUCCCAGCGGCUUCAAUGUACUGUUUCCAGGGCUGAAAGUGGAAGUGACACACUGCGGAACCAUGCGUCGGAAGUACAGAGUCUGCAACGUGACGAGGCGCCCUGCCAGCCUUCAGACUUUUCCUUUGCAACUGGAGAAUGGCCAGACCAUUGAGCGCACGGUGGCGCAGUACUUCAGAGAGAAGUACAGUCUACAUCUCAGGUAUCCCCACCUGCCUUGCCUGCAGGUGGGCCAGGAACAGAAACACACCUACUUGCCCUUGGAGGUGUGCAAUAUUGUUGCUGGUCAGCGCUGCAUUAAAAAGCUGACAGAUAACCAGACGUCCACCAUGAUAAAAGCAACAGCCCGCUCGGCUCCAGACAGACAGGAAGAGAUCAGCCGCCUGGUGCGCAACGCCAAUUACAACGCCGACCCAUUUGUCAAGGAGUUCCAGUUCCACAUACGUGACGAGAUGGCUCAGGUGACGGGCCGCGUCCUGCCGGCCCCCAUGCUGCAAUAUGGCGGCAGGGUGAGCUCGGAACCCUUCAUGAACCGCACGGUGGCCACGCCCAGUCACGGAGUGUGGGACAUGAGGGGGAAGCAGUUUCACACCGGAGUGGAGAUCAAGAUAUGGGCCAUUGCCUGUUUUGCCACCCAGAGGCAGUGCCGUGAAGAGAUUCUCAAGAGCUUCACUGACCAGCUGCGGAAAAUCUCAAAGGAUGCUGGGAUGCCCAUCCAGGGCCAACCGUGUUUCUGUAAAUAUGCCCAAGGUGCCGACAGUGUGGAGCCCAUGUUCAGACACCUGAAGAACGCUUACCUGGGUCUUCAGCUGAUCAUCGUAAUCCUCCCUGGCAAAACGCCCGUCUACGCUGAGGUAAAGCGGGUAGGAGACACCCUCCUUGGCAUAGCCACUCAGUGUGUCCAGGUGAAGAAUGUAGUGAAGACCUCACCGCAGACCCUGUCCAACCUCUGCCUCAAGAUCAACGUCAAACUCGGAGGGAUCAAUAACAUUCUAGUUCCUCACCAACGACCCUCAGUGUUCCAGCAGCCGAUCAUCUUCCUCGGGGCUGACGUCACUCACCCUCCUGCAGGGGAUGGGAAGAAGCCAUCUAUUGCGGCGGUGGUCGGCAGCAUGGACGCCCACCCCAGCAGGUACUGUGCUACCGUGCGAGUCCAGCGGCCCAGACAGGAAGUCAUCCAAGACCUGGGCUCCAUGGUGCGAGAGCUCCUGAUCCAGUUCUACAAAUCCACUCGCUACAAGCCGACCAGGCUGAUAUUUUACAGGGAUGGUGUCUCCGAGGGCCAGUUCAGACAGGUGCUGUAUUAUGAGCUACUAGCCAUCAGGGAGGCGUGCAUCAGUCUGGAGAAGGAUUACCAGCCUGGGAUUACUUACAUUGUUGUACAAAAACGACAUCACACGCGUCUCUUCUGUGCUGAUCACAACGAGCGGGUUGGAAGAAGCGGAAACAUUCCCGCCGGCACGACGGUGGACACGGACAUCACUCACCCUUAUGAGUUUGACUUUUAUCUCUGCAGCCAUGCUGGAAUCCAGGGCACCAGCAGGCCGUCGCACUACCACGUGUUGUGGGACGACAACUGUUUUACUGCCGAUGAGUUCCAGCUCCUCACCUACCAGCUGUGCCACACCUACGUGCGCUGCACGCGCUCCGUCUCCAUCCCAGCACCCGCCUACUACGCCCACCUGGUGGCCUUCCGUGCGCGCUACCACCUGGUGGACAAAGAACAUGACAGUGCGGAGGGCAGCCACAUCUCAGGGCAGAGCAACGGCAGGGACCCUCAGGUGCUGGCCAAAGCGGUGCAGAUCCACCACGACACGCUGGCGACCAUGUACUUCGCCUGAACGCGCCUAUGCAAGCGGAGGCGGAGGCGGAGCGCCCCCAGGUCCUCGCCUUCCAGAUGUUGACAGCAGCCCGGUACGUGUGCGGUUUUUGAGAGGAAAGCAAAAGCACCUGAUUGAAUAUUGUCAUAUGAAACAACUGCCGGUUCAUCUUCCAAGCAGGAUUGUGCAAAAAAAAACGGCCGCCUUAGCGUGGAUGCUUGAAGCCAGUGUCAGUUUGUUGCCUUACUGUGAAUGAUUUCUUCUGUAAGCCAGCUGGAGUCGUGUGUGUUUUCUCUUCAAAUCCCAAAGUUUUAUACCCUUUUAAAGUAAAAUCAGUCACCUUUGCAGAAGCAGGGCAAAGUAGAGCAGUAACUUGGGCUCUGUGAUGAAUGUUGCUUGGUGAAUUCAAGUGCCUGAUCUGACUAGAUGGUGGAACUCUGCUGCUGCUAGUGAGAGAAUGUUGUCCUCCUUCCCCGAAAUGCAUGCAACACACUUGAAAGUGCUUCCACAGUAUAUUCCCUGCACCUCAAGUGUCAAAGCAUCAAUCUUUUACUCCCAAUUUGUCACCUCGAAGGCGUGUCCUGGUGAUGAAAAUCACAGGCAUGUUUUUUGUUUUUUUUUAAACGUUUUUAAUCUUUUCUGAUAGAGCUUACUGGACAUGUCCCUUCCACUUAGUCCAAAGAAGUGGCAUAUUUAAAUAACCUAUUUAUGUAAGCAGGCAUCAUGUAGUAUUCGUGUUGGUCUGGUCAGUUUCCAAAGUGCUUCAUGCAAUACACACUCUGCACCGUUUAAAGUUCAAACUUGUGUAGUGUGUGCCUUUUUUGUCAUGGUGCUGAAAGAUCCUCUUCACACGUUUUAAUUAUGACUAUACAGUAUGGAGAGAUUGUGUGUGUGUGUGUGUAUGCCAAUAACGAGAUAUAUGCAGAGUUGAUCAAUAUGGCGCUGACAGGACCAAAAGAAGUGCAGGGGGACAUGAAAAGUAGCAAAACAGCAACCUCAUGUAGUGUUCAUUUUACUGCCUGCUUGAUUUGGACAGCAAUAACAAAGAUGGAGGAUGUCUGUCAACUUGUACACUUUCUUUCCCCCCCCCCCCUCAUCUAACAUGAGGUUUACAGUCUCCCCACAGAAAUAUCCACUGCUGUCAUAUCACACAAUAUUACUACUGUCCUAUUUUUUUUUUUUUUCUUCUUCUUCUUCCAGAUUUUUAAACAUAAAACUAAAGACUGUUUUUGUCUUAACACUUGCCUGGUCUUGAUGUCAGCCUUCUUAUUUGGUUUUCCUAUUUAAUUUUUGUA